CUGAGCUACAUUCUGGUCUGAUGAACACGUCCAGGUUUUCAAGAGUGCUCUAAGAAGGAUCAGAAAAUGAACACGAGGACUGUUGUUCACAAACCCACAUCCAUCAAAGUGAUAAUUCUCAAUAUGAACAGUAUGACUCUCAUGGCUACAUGUCCUACCCAUCAAGCUAUUGUGGCCAAUUUCACCAGUGUGCUGUGCCACCUUCAGGUAGAAGAAAUGUUCAACUAAAUUUGACUCUUCAGAGGAAAAAAUUACUCUUCAGUUGUUGGUGGAUUUCUCCUUCAAACUUUUCCCCUUUUGAGGACCUCCUGCCCAGCUACAGUGAUGUGGUUGUUGGAAAAGAUCAGACCAUCACAUGAAAAUGGAAACCUCCCCAGCUCUUCCUUCCUGGGACUGCCACAAAGCCAAAAUCUGCCAGAAAAGGCCCAGCUGAGGGCUGCUGCUUUUCCAAAUGUGAUCACUCCUGACAGAAUCCCUGAAUUCUGCAUUCCCCCCAGGCUGAUCGGCUCUGGCUCCAUUAAGGGCAGUGGCUUCCACCAGGAUCACAGCUCAGUGGAUGCAGCCCUUACUUCUGAUUAUAGCCCCAGCUCUUGCCCACAUCUCAUUCAGGUGGAAAGUGUUGAAGAGGAGAUCUCAGCCCUGGAGGAAGAAAGCACCAAUGCAGACCCACAGUCCCAAGCAGCGCUGUCCCUGCCCCACUUUCCCAGAGCCUCCACUUCCUAUGGCUUCUGCACUUUGCUGGAGAGUCCCCACACCAGGAGGAAGGAGUCCAUCUUCCAUGGUGAUCCACGUGGGGCUCUGCCCAGCCUGAAGCUGUCUCGAUCCAGGGCUAACACCUUCAGUGGCAAAGGUAGCAUGUCUAAUCCCAUUGCUAUCAGCUUUGCUUCUAUGAGACUGCCACCCAAGCAUCUCACUCUGCAUAGGCAAGGCGCCUGUGACAGCGACACUGCCUCUUCCAGUGAUUCCUCUCCUUUCAGUUCUCCACUUCUCAACAGGUCACCUCCCAGACCCUGCUCCCUGAUCAAAGCACAAAGUCAGGAGGGAUUGCUCUGCAGAGCACUGAAAGACAAAAGCAAACACAGUAUGCCCAGGAACAAUUCUCUCUCUACAGAGGACAGCAGCUCCACUGAUAACAGCCCCAGUGCCAUCAGGAGGUCCUCUGAGGGGCUGCUUGGCAUACGGGGCUUUAGCACCUCCUGUUCUCCCCUGUUUCCAGUGGACCUGAGCUGCAGUCGGGAGAGGCUGGUGGGAGAGAGUACUGUGGUAAUGGACAAGGGAGGCAUGUUGAGGCUGUCAGCUGAGUACUGCUCAGAGAACGAGAGGCUGCGGAUCCGCCUGAUCAGUGCUGAGGGUUUAUAUGAUGACUCUGUAGAGCCCAAAACCAUAAACUGCUGUAUCUCCUUCUCUCUGGUGCCAGGGAAAACACAGAAGCAGAGAAGCACAGUUAUAAAGAGAAGUAGAAAUCCCAUCUUCAAUGAGGACUUCUUUUUUGAUGGCAUUGCAGAAGAAGAGCUGUACAGCCUCUCUGUCAGGAUGAAAGCAACAAAUAAAGGGUGCAGUAUGAAACGGGAUUAUACCUUAGGAGAACGGGAAUUGUCUUUAAUGAGUAUGUUGGCAGUGUAGUGCUUCAAAUAUUCAAACAAAUUGUCUUCUGAAAGUUUUCUACUAAAUAAACUUUUAGGUUGACUUUUA